CUUGCAUUUUUUGUAAUUAGAGUGACACACAAAGAAAAAAAAUGGGAGGAUGGUUCUCUUCCCAACCACUUACUGAAUCUGAAAAUUCUCGUGUUAAGAUAAUCCACUCAUUAGCAAGAUGGCAACUCGAUUUCAAUGAAUUCAAAGAAUCUCAAACCCUUGUUGUGAUUGAUUUCAGUGCUACGUGGUGUGGACCUUGUAGAUUUAUGGAACCUAUUUUGGACGCCAUGUCUAAUGAGUACACUGAUGUUGAAUUCAUCAAGAUUGAUGUUGACGAAUUAUCUGAUGUGGCGAAGGAUUUGAAUGUGCAGGCUAUGCCGACGUUUGUGCUUUUGAAGAAAGGGAAAGAGGUUGAUAGGGUUAUUGGAGCUAAGAAAGAUGAACUUCAAAACAAGAUUAGAGAGCAUAGAGCUUAAUUAUGUAUUUAUGAUAAAGUAAAAACUGAGUAUGAUGAUGAUGAUGAUGAUGAUGAUGAUGAUGAAUAAUUUGUUGGGUCAAUAGUGUUUAAUUGCUAUGGCCUAUGGGUGUAAAAUAUGAGAACUUUACCCAAUUAGGACCACGCUGAACUUGUAGAAACUUUUAAAAACAAUUUAGCUUAUUAUAUUUAUUUAAAGAAA